ACAACACGCUCUCCCACAAAACCACCACUCCACCAAGCGGCUCGCUUUGCAUUAACACGCGCGCACCCGGCCGGACCCAACGCGACACGCACCGGAGGAGACGGCGAUGGAGCUGGAUUCGGCGGCGGCGGAGGAGAAGUGGCGGCGGAAGGAGCGGGAGGCAGCGGAGCGCACCGAGGAGAUGGAGGCGGAGGAGGGAGUCGGAGAGGAGGAGGAGAUCGAGAGGGGAGGCGCGGAAGCGGAGGAGGAGGAGGAGGAGCUGGCGGACUGGGGCGGGGGAGGCGGGUACAAGCGGGAGGAGGACGGAGCGAUCGGUUGGAAGGGGUGGAAGCAGAAGCCGCAUCAGAGGCAGCCCCGCGCGCCGGUCGCAGCGGGGCAGCGCGCGGCAUGCUGGGCGAGAGGCGGGAGGGGGAGAGGAGGGUUUCACCACCGCCCUUGGUUCGGCGCUAAGAAUCUGCAACACCACAAAUUGAACAUCUCUCAUGGACCUGGAGUAUAUGGUGGCGCUAUUAUCAUCUGCAAUUGUAUGACUAAGCGGGAGUUCUUCAAGCAGAAACUUUUUGCCCUUCCGGGUUAUGCUGCAACAUUUAUAAAGAAGAUCAGGGCUGGUAUGCUUCUCUUUCUGUUUGAGCAUGAGGAGAGAAAACUUUAUGGAGUGUUUGAAGCAACUUCAGAUGGAGCGCUGGACAUUCUUCCAGAUGAAUUUGCUUCGUUGUGGAAGUUUUGGCCAGCCCAGGUUCUUUUCAGAAGAGUUUGGUUUUGCAAGCCCCUAACUGAAGCUGAAUUUUCUGAUGCCAUCACAGGAAAUUGUCUCAAACCUCAAAUGUCCUUCUUUGGUAUAUCAUACCUACAGGUUUUGGUUCUUGUGAACCUAUUUUCUUCAAAGAUGAUCCGCCUGCAGCCUUACCAAAAACCAAAAUCAAGAGUUUUAUGGGAUUACAAGAUUUCUUUGGCCCGUACAGGUCAAGAGUUCAGUUUACACACUCGUAGCAAUGCCUACCCUAGUCGUCCGGCUUCUACAUUUUGCAACAACAGAAUCUCUUUACCGCAGAGUGGCUUCAUGUCUGCCAAACAUGAUGGCAAGUUCGCUGCUCAUAAACAUGAGUGUCCUCUACACCCUCGGCCUAAGACUGUGCCCUUCAAAGCGCCAGAUAUCAAAGAUAAAUGCUUAGAGCCAGAUGCUGAUUAUAUACCACUUGAGCUAGAUGAUCCAGAUGAUUGGAAGUCUGACAGUGAUGCAGAUCAGUCAACUUUGUUGGGAACUGUAAACUUCCAUUCGACAUUAGAGAGUACCAUCAGCUAUGAUGAUCAAGUUCCCAAACCAUUUAAUGGAAAACACAAUGAGGAUGAUAGGUAUCAUUCACCUGUGCUGAACCGAAGGCUCAUUUCUGAAUGUGAAACUGGUCGGAACAGCGUAAUUGCUCACAUUAUGAAAGAGAGCAAAUCAUGUUUGCAAUCCAAGGGGUGCAAAAGGAAGGCAAUCGUCCAGCUUGAUGAACUCUCAGGUGUUUUAUCCCCAAGGAGAAAUUGUAGCGUGGCAAAAAAGGUGUCAUUUAGCUUUGGUGGCAAUGAGAUUUUGGUUACUUCUGAUAAAGUAUUGCGCAAGCCUGCACUUGCUAAGAACAUAGAAGCAGUUGUAGAAGGAAAAGAAGUGGUUGGUUUUUCACCUGAAGACAAUCAGAGCAAGGAGAGAGAUGUUUCAGCAAAGAUGAGUAAGCUGAUAAACCUAUCCUUCGCAGAAUGACUUAGGAAUCAGCAUGCCCAGACCUGCUCCAGAAAUGGCGAGUCGCUGGUGACUCAAUCGGGUAUCAAGUUGACAUGCACACUUCUCACUGAUUGAGGAAUGAAAAUAGAAGGAAAGCAGCUUUUAGUUUUAUGGUAAAGAUGUAGCGAGAUAGGUUCUUUCCCUAGCUGAUGAUGACAGUAUGUAGCAGUAAUGCUUUUGCCUCGGAGCAAUUUCUGGAGAUAACUUUUUGAGUAGUAUAUCAUAGGAUGGUUCCAGUAUGCUUUUAAAUUCGCAAUGCUCGAGCUGCUGUAAAUAGAGUUUAUCACAGCCUUAUGUUCCAGUUCAACAGAUUCAGACAUGAAUACGCUGUUUCGAGUUUUGACUCUGUAGAGAGAUCUGAAUAGAAGUUUUAGUUAUGUUUGUCUAGCA